AUGGCUGGCGGUCACAAAUGGUGGGGAAACCAAUCGCUGCAAAGCGGAUUCUACGAAUAUGGUCUGUCGCCAUUUCAAACACAGACCAUGAAGGGCUUCUUCAACCCCGGAGCCUUCAGGCUGUUCAAGCGCUUGGGACGACAGGCCUUGUUCAUUGGUCCCCCAGCGCUGGCCUUCUUCUACGUGAAGGACUGGGCUGAUGCCAAGUUCGAGCACUACAAUCGGAAGGCAUAUCUCUUGAGCCCCGAGCACAAGCACGAGCACUAG